UUUAUAAGUAAAAUACAGCAAACAGAUAUGUUUUCAAAUGCAUAAUAUUUUCAAUUCAAAGAUUUUUCAAAUUUUCCAAAGCAAAUAUAAACUGAGAAAUGCAACAGCGACUCGCAGUACAUUUUGAGACUCAGUAAUAAUCAGUUAAGUUUCACAAUGACAAAAGCUUUCAUUAUCUUUAUAGUCAGCGCUUUGUUGCUACUGCAGGUGCAAGCAGUUCCACGCAUGCGCCGCGAUGCUGAUGAAGUUGCAGUCGAGCAGAAGCCUUCGAGCACACAUACCGCCCACUCUUCCGAGAAGUUGAAAUUUAGACCUCGCCAGUUGCUGAUGACCACAACUCUGGCAGAUUUAGUGGGCUUGGCAAAAUAUGUUACCGAACAUGGACGUCCACUCUUCAACAAAACACUGACACAAUUGGAGGCAGUUCCAGAUAAGUGUGAUGGCCUUAAAGCGAAUAUUACACGUAUUUCCGAAUACCUUAAAAUUAACAAAGCUGGUGGGCAAUCGGAUGCGGCCGAAGACAUGUUGGCGCUUUUCGAGUCGAUGAUUACGCUAACGAGCAUAUUGCAAGAUGCUAACGAAAUGCCCCCAGAAUUGGAGCAAACGAAGACAGUUCAAAAAGCUUUUAUCGAUAAUGGCUCAGAUAAGUUCGAAGACGAUUUGAUGGCUGAGUUAAAAGUGGUUUCGGGGAAAUUUGAAAAAGCAAUCGAACAUUACUUAUCCGUCUUGACGGAGGAGCAAAAGAAGGAUGAGACCAAAUUGAUUGACUGGUAUACUAGAUUUACAAAUGAGAAGGACGAUGAGAAGAAAGCAGAAUUUUACUCAAAAUUUUUUGACACUUUCAAUCCAUGAAAAUGCUGAUUAUACUUGUAUGUUCAUAUAUUUAGGUAAUAUCAAGCAUAUAUUGUUUAACUUUUAACUAAAUAAAUAAAACAUAAGUGUACAGAAGUGCUUCAAAUAA